AUGGUGCUGUUUACGAUCGUUGCUACAAACGUCAAUCCGACACUCCGCAAGCGCUACCUCCACGUGAUUCUUCAUAAGCGAAUCGAAUUUCAUGAAACUACUUUCAGCUCCGGCUCUGUGACACUCGCCCUUUCUAACCACGCCAACACAAUUCGGUCGGGCCUGGCAGAGAAAUUCGGACUUUCUCUGAAAAGUGCGUCGACUGUGGUCUCCGGAUUUGUGGUGGCGCUUCAUUCAGAAUGGAGGCUGGGCCUAGUCACUGCCACUAUCAUUCCGGCAGCCGUUAUUUUGAUUGGUAUUACGAGUGCAUAUGACGAGAACAAAGAACAAGAAGCGAAUAUAGUCAAUGCUGAAGCGGCAACACUUGCGGGAGAAGUGCUGGGAUCUAUGCGAACAGUCAGGGCCUUGAAUGCAGCGAAUAAGAUAUCUCGAAAGUACAAAUUGCUCCUUGAGAAAGCAGUCGAUAUUGGGUGCAGCCGAGCACCAUUCAAGGGGGCCCAGGCUGGGAUCUACAUGCUUGCCAUCUAUGCAGCAUACGCUCUUGCCUUCUGGUACGGUAUGAGGCUCUAUGCUGGCCACAAAGUCAUCAGCUCAGGUGUCGUGAUCACGACACUUUUUUCGAUCAUGAUCGUUAUAAAUUCGUUUUCUGAGCUAGCAGGCUAUCUCGGGGCAUUCUUGAGAAUCCGCUCUGCAGGUGUCCAGCUGUUCAAAGUGAUCGAUUUGGCAUCGGAUAACUGUCAGGAGAGGGCUGUUGACCAUAGUGAAGAGGCCUCAGAAAUUUUCCACCAAGAUAUUCAAUUCAAAAAGGUGAGCUUCGAGUAUCCCACUCGGCAGAGUGUGAAGGUGCCUGAAAAUCUUUCACUACAUAUUCUUGCUGGUAAAACCACUGCUCUGGGAUCAAUCAGCCUCACGGAACAUAACAUGAAUGAUCUGCCACUGGAAAUUCUCAGGGCAAAUAUCGGCCUAGUACAACAGGAACCUUAUCUAUUCAGUGGAACAGUCUUUGAGAAUAUCUCCUAUGGACUGAUCAGGACUUCAAUGAAUGAUCUGCUCGAAACGAAGAAAAGGGAACUUGUUAUUGAGGCUUGUAAGAUAUCAAACGCACAUGAAUUUAUAAUGGGGCUUCCAAAGGGAUACAAUACUCACCUUGGAAAUCGGGGCUCCCUUCUUUCCGGUGGACAGAAGCAAAGACUUGCCAUCGCCCGUGCUAUCGUCAAAAACCCACCUAUAUUGAUUUUAGACGAAGCGACCAGCGCAUUGGAUGUCGAAUCGGAAUAUCUCAUACAACAAGGAUUAGAAAAUGCGCGGAAACAUCGAACUACCAUAUGUAUCGCCUAUCGUUUGACUACAAUUGAGUCCGCGGACCAAAUCAUUGUCAUGAAAAAAGGUACUGUCAUAGAAAGUGGCACGCACGCAGAUCUAAUGCACAGUGAUCGUAUCUACAAGCAGCUGUGGGAUUCUCAAGCUAUUAUCCAGAACGAAAAAGCCGAAACUAUAGAAGAACCCAAGAGUUUUGAGCAUGUCUAUCAACAUCAAGCGACCGAAGAUGAGAAUUUCAGAAUCCCCGAUCCAGAAACCAACAUGAAACUAUCUAAGAUUAGCGCG